AUGUUCAGCACUGGUCCUGGUCCUUCUCGCGUUCCUCUCGACACCCACGAUAAGCCUCGCCGCGUACUUAGUGCACACUGGAAUUCGUCUCUUAUAACCGUGUCUAUGCGCGGCUUCGUUGAGAGCCUGGAUAUGCCUAGCCUGGUAUUCCAGCAUAACCUUCGUAGGCCGACUGCCCCAGCUCAAGAGUCCGUUGAUGAUGCAUGUGUACUUCACGCGGGUGAUACGUCGGUCGUCGUCCUGGCUCAUGCACGCGAAGAGAAACAAAUCUCAUACUUGACAUUCCAAACCUCCAGGGGGACCAGUCUUCGCGCUGUCGAUCGUCCUUGGAAUAAGACCAAAAAGGGGGGGACGAGUGCUGUGUCGACAAUGAUGCAACCACUUAUGUUUGCCAGUGGAGGUCAUGACCAUACCGUUCAUAUUUGGAAUUUCUCUCAAGAUUUAAUGGGCGUCUCCUCGACACUUUUGGCAAUCAAGCACACAUCUGUGAUCCAGUCCCUGCUUCCCAUUCGUGAUACUAGUCACAAACUCAUAUCCGCUGGGGCGGAUUGCAAUGUCCAUUUAUGGGACCUGUCUUCGGAACGUGUUGUGCAUACAUUCAAGACAUCCAAUUCUCCGUAUCACGCACAUAAGACGGAAUCACCUUUCUGCACUUUGCUUGAGGUUGGCCAUCGAGAUCUGCAGUUCGAGCUUCGUGACCAUCGUAUGGUUCCGGAGCACCCGGCUGAACGCUUUGGCUUUUACACGACCGAGUUGCAUGGUCGUUUCAUUAAAGGAGAUACCUGGUCUCAUCUUUUCGCCUCGGGAAGUCGCAAUGGUGGCGUGCGUCUCUGGGACUUGCGCAAUGUUCGGGAACAGCUUGCAUUUGUUUCUUGUUUCAGCAAUGACCAGGUGGUGCAGGUGUUGAAGACGGAGUCCGACCUAUUGGCUUUUUCAAAGCGCGGUGAUGUGAUGAGAUUGAAUCACACCUGA